UUACGUUUAUUUGAAGAUGAAGAAGUCUUUGAAAUAAUUUAAAUUAGGUACGCACAAAGAAACACUUAAAUAUGACCGAACAACCGAUUAAUGUAUCAUUUUGCUACGAAAAAAUAAAACUUUUACAAUACUAAACCGUUUGGUGUCGCGCCGCCCGCCCACACCGGUAUUCUCGGCCAAUGGAGAUGCGAAUGGGGCGGAGCGAUGGCUGCCACAGAACUCUUAAAACUUGAAGCCCACUUUACAGCCGUCAAUCUGAAACGAUAUUUCAGCGUCAACAUGACUCGAUGUCGCGCCUCAUUUGUAUUUCUGUAAUCCGUGUGCUCGGCUCGUGUAUCAUGAAUUAAGUAGGUAGGAGGUGGUUGUGUCGCUACUAAAGUUCCGGGAUACAUAAACAAAUGCAAAACGAGGGUGUGGUGGAGAGUGGUCCUGGGAACAGUCGGAAGGCGCUGAGGACUCCGAAGUGUGCGCGAUGUCGCAACCACGGCGUGAUCUCGUGCCUGAAGGGACACAAGAGGUUGUGUCGCUGGAGGGACUGUCGGUGCCCUGGAUGUCUGCUGGUGCUGGAGCGACAGCGUGUCAUGGCUGCUCAGGUGGCUCUCCGCCGGCAGCAGGGUGCAGGCGAUGGUGAGGCUCGCGACGGUGAGGCAGCCGCGUUGGCAGCUCGUAAGCGAGCUUACCGCGCCCGGCUGCGAUGCAUGCAGAUGUCCAGGACAUGUCCGAUACAGCCCUCGAUAUAUGGUACGGAGCGGGUGUUCUCAAAUGACCCAGCAUGGAACGAGCGCGUGCGCCGCCGUCGAGCCUUUGCUGACGUCGAGUUAGAGCGCGGGGCGGCGCCUCUGCCGCCGGCUGCCCCGCCUGCCGCACUACUCUGCAGAAACUUGCUCGCAGCACUGCUCACUACUUACGCACCAAUACCACCGCACAAUGAACCACAGAGGAAAAAACUCUCUUUUUCCAUCGAAUCUAUCAUAGGCGUCCAGUAGUUUUCAAACUGAGUGAAAAUUUCGGCAAAAGGUAGGUAAAGUAGGCGCAAUGUCCAUGUUAAUUGAAAUAAAAUUCAAACGUCUUUGAACAAUGAGUGCUUUAUUAACGAAAUGUAUGGUAAAAGAAUGUCUAUUGUGAGGUCAUUUUAUUACAACCAGAACUUAGAUUUAAACAACUGAUUAAUAUCUGGAUUAAGAUAACUUUUACAUUUGUUUUUUUUUACUACUUUUAAUUAAUAAUUAAUUUGAUUAAUUAUAUAAAAUGAGUACAGAAUUUACAUUUCAAAAGCGUGUUGUACAAAUAUAUUUUUCUAAAAUUAUAAUUUUUAUAUUGUUAAUUUUGAACGAGUCGCCUAGGGUUAGGCCUUAAAGUAGAGGUAGGUAGUGUCUAUUACAAGAUUCAUUUAUCUGUACUCACUUUAUGUAAAAACAACACAAUGACGUAUGGUAUGUAAUUUUGUACCGGUUGACUUAUAGCUGAAAUUAUGUAUUACAAUACAAACAUUACAGUUGCAACAGUUUCAUGUUAAUUUUUAUGUAAAUAACUUACACAUUUGCCUACAGGUGACAAGAAUUUACAUAAAGUAAUUAAAAAUAUAUUCAAUUCAUUUUUAUACAAGAUACAGUAUGCACGGAUAGAUUUCCUAUCGCAAUUUGCAAGAGGACUAACUAAUGGUAGUGAUUUGUAAAUAAAACUAGUGAAAUAAUAUAUGUAAUAAAAUAUUAGUACAUAUCUAAUAAUAGAUUUAAAUAAUGUGGAUAAAGUUAUAAUUAAACAUAUAAUAAAAUCAAAAAAUGGCAGAA